AGAAAAUGAAAUACUUUUCUCAUAAUCUUUAAAACCUCACCAUUUGAAGUCUGUACCAUCAAAGCAGUUGAUUUGAUAUGAAGUUUUAAGUGGUUCAAAGCAAAAUCGUAUGCUUAUAUAUUUGUCAUGAUAUAUAUUUUUUUCUUCACAAGACUGAAAUACAAGCACAUUCUUUAGACAGAGCUGUCUGAGUAUUAUGCACAUAUCGAAACCAUGCGAACUGCUAAUACCUUUUAAUCCUCAUAGGAUAUUUGACAUAUUUCAGUAUUAGAGUUGUUGAAUACUCAGCGCGAUUUGACUGUUUGGAUGUUCGAUAUAGGACAGUGACAAGCAAUUGAACAGCUUCAAAAACAGUGCAAAAAGAUGUACGUUUGUUUUCAGAAUACAGCAGUGGUACAUGUUUCAAUUUAAUCUAACAUUUUACUGUAGUGAAUAUUAUAUUUAAUGUUAUUUCUUAGGUUUAAUUUUUAAACAACUUGCCAAUUUAAAGUUAAUGUUAUUGUAGAAACUGCAAUAUAAAUUAAAUAAGAUUAAUUAUUGUAAGAACGCGUUAAAAUAAGAAGAAAGGUGCGUAUUUUUGAGUUAACUGUUCAGUAUUGUUGAAUUUUUCAUCUGUGAGCACCCGUGUGUGUGUUCUGUAUUAUAGUCUUUGUGCUGGGUCUAUAAUAUGUCUUUCCCUUUCGUAUUGGAUGCGGGGUCAGUGUUGUGAGCCAAUAGCAUGGGAGGCUGUACAAAGAGAUCUACUCCCUCCCCCAUCCAUCCUGCUCACUAUAGCCAGUGCUUCUAGCGCGGGAUGAGAAAAGGAUGCGUUUAAACACUGGGAUUAAAUAAUAUACCAUUAUUACACUUCUCAUGAUGUAUGAACGACUAUUUAUUUCGCGUUCCACGAGUGCCUCGUUUAUGGAUUUCUCACCAGUCUGUUUUUUUCUAAAUGAUGUUUCCAUGGGGAAUAACGCUGAAUUCUAGCGGAUCGAGGAUGACAAAGAGAAUGGGAUACAGAGACUGGAGAUGGCUGGCGCUUCGGUGGCAUUAUGUGUUCUUUCUCUUGUGGAGUACAGUAAACGGACAGACUCGCUACAGUAUCCCAGAAGAGCUGGAAAGAGGCUCUUUGGUUGGAAAUCUUGCCAAAGAUUUGGGUUUAGGACUGUCAGAUAUUUUUAACCGUAAUCUGCGUGUCGCCUCCGAGGCUGGUGAGCAGUAUUUCAGCGUGGAUGCGGGAAAGGGUGAGCUUUUAGUGAAUGACAGAAUAGACAGAGAGGCAUUGUGUGGACAAAGCGCCAGCUGUGUGUUACCUCUGCAGGUUGUUAUAGAAAAUCCGCUACAGUUACACCGGAUCGAAGUGGAAAUUAGAGACGUAAAUGACAAUGCCCCUAGUUUUCUCAAAAGUGAUCACAUAAUUGAAAUAGCCGAAUCCACAGCUGUAGGUGUUCGUUUUCCCUUAGAGAUGGCAGUGGAUCCCGACGUAGGGAGCAAUGGAUUAAAAACAUACACACUAAGUAAAGAUGAGUGCUUCAGUCUAAAAGUUAAAGAAAUUGAAAAUGGAGGGAAAAUACCCGAAUUAGUAUUGAAUAACUCUUUAGAUCGCGAGAAAAAAUCCACUCACAAUUUAUUUCUUGCUGCCAUAGACGGAGGUAAUCCUGUCAAGACCGGAACUUCCAAAAUAAUUAUAACUGUGCUUGACAUCAAUGACAAUGUGCCAUUAUUCGAAAACAGUUUUUAUAAAAUUGCUGUUGAAGAAAACAUUGCAAAUGGUUCUUUUGUUAUUACAACAAAAGCAACAGACAUCGAUGAGGGUCCGAAUGGAGACAUUGAGUACUCGCUUGGUGUACACACACCGCCAUCAGUGGUCUCGUUGUUUUAUAUUGAUGCUGUAAGCGGGGAUAUAUAUCUUAAACAGCAAUUAGACCACGAAACUCAGACAUCAUAUCGUAUAGAUAUUAGUGCAACAGAUAAAGGCUUCCCUAAAAUGGAGGGUCGCUGUACUGUCCAGGUGGAUGUAUUAGACGUAAAUGAUAACGCACCAGAAAUUGUACUCACUUCAAAAUCAACUUCUGUGCCCGAAGACUCUCGCAGCGGCACUGUGGUGGCUUUGCUCAGCGUUCGUGACCUCGAUUCCGGUGAUAAUGGCAAAGUCACGUUACAACUUCCCAAAACGUCUCCAUUCACUCUGAAACCUUCGUUUUCUAAUAAUUACGCACUGGUUACCAACGGCCCUUUAGACCGAGAGAGAUGUUCAGAGUAUAAUAUAGAAAUCAAAGCCACUGAUUCAGGCUCUCCUCCUCUGUCCAGUAAGAAAAUCAUACCUGUCAUUAUCACUGAUGUUAAUGACAAUGCUCCUGUAUUCACUCAGAAAACCUAUAAUGUGUAUUUAAAAGAGAAUGGAGUGCCAGGCUCUAUCCUGUACUCAGUAUCAGCAUCUGACCUGGAUUUUGGUGAAAACGCAAAGGUCUCUUACUCUAUACUGGACUCUAAAGUGCAGGACGUUUCUGUCUCAUCGUAUGUUUACAUUAACUCAGAUAACGGCAGCAUCUACAGCAUGCACUCGUUUGACUAUGAGAAACUGAAGGUGUUUCAGAUUCAGGUCCAGGCAAAGGAUCAGGGCUCUCCGUCUCUCAGCAGCAACGCCACUGUCCAUGUUUUUAUCCUGGACCAGAACGACAAUGCCCCCGCUGUUAUUUACCCCUCCUCCGCUGCCAUGGGCUCCCUCUCUCAUCAGAGGAUGCCUCGCUCCGCGAAAGCGGGUCACCUGGUUACCAAGGUGACAGCCGUGGACGCUGACUCGGGCCAUAACGCCUGGAUCUCCUACAGACUGGCGGAGGCCACAGACGCCUCUCUCUUCACUGUCAAUCUGUACACAGGGGAGGUGAGGACUAAACGCGCUGUGUCCGAGCAGGACGACUCCUCUCAGAGGCUGCUUAUAGAGAUCAAGGACGACGGGGAACCGAUCCAGUCCUCCACAGUCACGGUGUCCAUCAUACUGGAGGACGGCCUCCAUGAGCCCAUCUCAGACCUCCGACAUAAAGCGGCCGAGCCCAGCAAGAAAACUGGGAGAAUCACCCUUUAUUUGAUUCUCUCUCUGGCCUCGGUGUCCGUGCUGUCUCUGGUCACUUUCCUCAUCUUAGCGGUUAAAUGCAUCAGGAACAGCAGGAGCAGCAGCACGUGCUGCAUGAGACGGACCGACUCUGAUGAUUACAAGAACCCCAACAGAAACCUGCAGAUUCAGCUCAACACUGAUGGACCUAUAAAGUACGUGGAGGUCCUGGGAGGAGACAUGCUGUCUCAGAGUCAGUCCUUCAGGUCCUGUAUGUCUCCAAUGUCAGAGUACAGCGAUUUCACUCUGAUUAAACCCAGCAGCACCACAGACUUUAAGGAGGUGAUCAGUGUCCUGGAUGCUUCUUUACCUGACAGCACCUGGACCUUUGAGAGCCAGCAGGUGAGCAGAAAACAGCAGAUAUUCAGUGAAAUGUGUUAGGUCACUGUUGAAUAUAUAGUUUAAAUUGUGAAUUAUAUUUAUCGACUUUUUGCAGGACAAUAUUGCGAUAAGCUAUUGUUAUUAUUUACAUUAUUAGUAGGAGUAUUAAUAGUAAUAGUAGUAGCUUUACAUCUAUUAUUUUAUUUCAACACGAGUCAAAACGAUGACCCACAAUCGUUUAUUCUGAGACACACAGUUAACAUAACAUUCUGUAAUGUUUUAUUUUUAUCUCUUACUCAUCGUUUCGUGGUAUAAAAGCUCUAAGUGGCAUGCUUGUGUUCGUGUUUUUGAGCUUUAUACGUAUGCAGUCAUGCCUGUGUUGUUUUUGUGUAUAUUUAGUACUUGCAAAAUAGGACCUAUUCGAUAGCACCUCCCCUCUUCAUUGCUUCAAAAAUAGAAACUGUCAACAAUCCCUCUUAAUCAAACAAAAACAGUCGCGUGUAGUGAUGUUAUGGCAACAGAGAAAAUUACAAUUUUGCAAAAAAUUAGUUGUGCUUUACACAUCUCACCUGCAUGCUUUGUAUGUAGAGAAUGGGCAGAUUAAUUUCGCUUUGUUUUAUUUCUUUGUUGGAAAUUGUUCUCUGUAAAUGUCCGUUUUCUUUAAAUGAAUGGAUGGAAGAAUUCUGUGAAAAUAUAAAUAACAUAAUGAGCCUCAAAAUCAAUUUUAAAUCCAGAGAGAUGACGUUGGAUUAACAGGUCACAAGACCAGCAGUGCAUAUUGGUGUACGGAUUUAAUCUCAGUGUUGUUGCUGUGUCUUUAACGGCACUGCUCAGCUGUCUUCCUAUUGGAUGUUACUGUGAGACGCUCUGCUCCAAUAGCAUGCAGAACUGUACAAAGAGAUCUACCUCCUCCCCCUACAGCCUCAGCAUCGUAAACGUUAACAAUGCAACGAGCUGGAGGACGGUGUGAUGCGCUCGUAUUUCGAAUGUUGAG